AUGGCGGAAGUAAUGCCGGAUCGCAAAGGUUCCGCGACUGGCAUCAAGGAUGUGGAGCGACGAUACCCGAUUUCGUGGUCUGGGCUUAGUCAUACAGUCUCGUUGCGGGGUGGUAGGAGUAAGACAAUUGUGAGCAAUGUGUCUGGUCAUUGCGACCCAGGACAAAUGAUGGCCAUCAUGGGACCCUCGGGAUGCGGCAAGACAUCGUUGCUUGACCUCUUGGGCGGUCGUGUGGGCAGCGGCACCACCUCGGGCGAGAUUCUGAUCGGCUGUAAGCAGCACCCCGCUAACAUCCGCAAGAUCGUCAGUUACGUUACGCAGGAGGAUUCGCUCCUGACUUGCUUCACCGUGCGCGAGACGCUGCGGUACGCCUCGCGGCUCGCUGCGAUCCCCUCGAAGGCCAGAGAGGAGGCAAUCCAGCAGGUCAUCGUGCAGAUGGGACUGCUGGUUUGCGCCGACACCCGCGUCGGAGACCCGCUGAUCAAAGGCAUCUCGGGUGGCCAGAAGCGCCGUCUGAGCAUCGCCAUCGAACUGUUGCAUCGGUCCCCCAUCCUCUUGCUGGACGAGCCGACGUCGGGCCUGGACUCCACGGCCGCCAUGCAGGUGAUCGAGCAUUUGCGCGAUGUCGCGCAGAAGGGCCACACCGUUGUCAUGAGCAUUCACCAGGCGAGCUCCAGGGCAUACGGUCUCUUCGACUCGCUGUGCCUGCUGUCGAAGGGCCAACAGGUCUACUUCGGCCCCACGACCGACGUCGCCAUCGAGCACUUUGCCGCGCAGGGCCACGAGUGCCCGCGGUAUUCCAACCCUGCGGAGUUCUUCCUCGACGUCAUCAACACCGACUUCGGGGCAGAGAACGGCGGGGCGAGGCUGGAGGGCCUUGUCAGGGCCUUCGAGAAGUCCGAGCUGGCGAGCUCCAUGCGGGAGGCCCUGAGGCAGCAAGAGAUCCCGCAGGAUGGCGGGGUCUCCCGGGAGAGCGCAGGCCCGUUCCGCCAGUUUGCCGUCCUGUUGCUGCGGAUGCUGCACAUGAACUAG